GCAGUAAAAAAAGUUCGAUGUGAUGGUGUUCAGGCCGGUUCCGAUCCUCCAUCUUGUUCUAAUUGUAGGACUUACGGUUAUGAAUGCUCUUUUAUUGAUGCUCCAAAAAAGCGUGGUCCUCCAAAGGGUUAUAUAGAAGCAUUAGAAACAAGACUCCAAAGAAUGGAAUCUGUCCUUGGAAAUUUGGUUCAAUCCGGUGAUUUGUCCGAAAAUACAAUUAAUUCAAAUCUUGAGUGGAUCAACGUGAAUGAAAGUAACUUUCGAUCAUCUCAAAGUUUUGCUGUUAAAGGUCUUUCCUCAAAAAAACCUUAUGAUUUUUCGAUUUCUCGUACUUUGCCACUAUCAAAUUCAAAAACAUCUGCAAAUCAUGUGAAACCUAAUAAAUCUCUUCGUGAUCAAGACUGCGAUACUGAAAGUAUUUUAUCGAGUGAUGACCCUACUUGUGAUUUAGUUGAUAGUUUAGGUCAACUUACAAUUGACGAUGAAGGUCAUACAAGAUAUAUCGGUUAUAGUUCUGGAUAUUUCUCUUAUAUAAAAGUUUUUAGAGUAACUUCUGAUGCUGAAUUUCUGCAUAUUCCUAAUUAUAAUAUCCGAUUUUCUUCUGUAAAAUACGCUACUCAAAAGGCGAUAUCGGAACUUCCUUCGAAAGAAUUAUGCAAUCAACUAUUAGAUGUUUUCUGGACAUAUGUUCAUCCUAACCAUCUUUUCAUUGACAAGUUGGAUUUUUUGGAAAAAUAUAAUAACUUGGAGAACAAUUUUACCACAAUUAUUCUUCUUUAUGCUAUGUUCGCGAUCGCUUCCCGGACACUUGACAUUCCAGAUGUCCAUAAGGAUCCCAGUGAUCCAACUACUAUUGGCAGGGAAUAUUUCGAUCGUGCAAGAGAAUUGCUUAAAAAUGAAUUCGAUAAUGUAUCAAUAACGAUCAUUCAAGCACUUCUAUUAUUAGCUGCGUACCAUAGAAGUGCGGUGGAUUCAGUUACUUGGUUAUAUAGUGGAAUGGCCAUUCGUACAGCCCAAGAGAUGGGACUACAUCGUAAUCCGGCAAAAUGGAGUUUUAGUGCGAGACAAACAGAAAUUAGAAAACGCUUAUGGUGGGCUUGUGUUUUGAAUGACAUAUUUACGAGUGCUUCUUUAGGUCGUCCACUUACAAUUUGUGAGAUUGAUUGCGACGUUGACUACCCUACUCCUGGUAUAUUCUCUGAAGAGCCACGGCAAUUUGUUGAACAAUUGAACGAAGGGAUAAAGAUAAUGUUAAUACUUGGACGUGUCGUCACUCAUAUUUACAGUAUAAAGUCUAGACAAAACUUGGAUGAUGCUGUAUUAUCUUCAUUGGAUGCUGAGUUAAACGAAUGGCGUGAAAAUCUUCCAUCUAAUCUUCAAUACGAUUCAGCUGCUCCAUAUAAUAUAAUUGACAGUAAACAGUUGCUCACUCAUGUUUUGUUUUACACAUGUCAAAUUCUUUUGCAUCGUCCUUAUAUUCGUGGUUCAAAAUCAAAAGCAAUUUCAUCUCUCACUAUAUGUACCAUGGCCGCAAAUAACGUUACACAUAUCAUACACCGUUUGAUGAAAAUGGGGCGACUUAAAUCUUCAUGGAGUUUUUUAACUUAUCCUUUUCUCACGGCUUCUAUUAUGCACAUUAUUAAUAUUCUUAGCGAUGAUGAUCGUUUCAAAGAAGUUGCAAAGCACGGCAUUAGGAUGACUUUGAGUUGUUUAAAUCAUAUAAAACCUGUUUGGCUCAAAUCUGAAAAAUGUGUUCGUUUAAUCAAAGGCUUAUUAAGAGCUAAAAACAUUAAUAUUGAUGGUGUUGAAGAUAUUUUUGAUAAUAGUAGAACGGAAGGAACUCCUUCUGACGGCCAAUGUUCGAGGUUUAAAGAUAAGGCUCUUACUGAGUCCGAUAAGUCAUAUACCAACUUUUCUCCGUCUCAGGUACCAUCGCAAUUGGAAGUAAUGCCUGCCUCAAUUCAAACUGCAAUGAAAAACCAGCAUAUCGUUAAUCAACCUACUUCGACUGUUGAUGGUGUCAGAAAUUGCGAUAAUUCGCCUUUGUCGUCUUUAACGAGUUAUGAUCGAAUUUCUUCGCCAGAAUCCACUUCUAACUCAAGAUUUAUGCGAUUGAAUGAUUUUUCCGUGAACGUAAAUAAUGGAUUGUUUUCUCAAAAUUCUGAUUCUUUCGCUUCGGAUGUGUCGCCACUUUUAUUUGGCGAUAAUGAUGAUUCGGUUAGUGAAAAUAAUUCUUUCUUACCAUUUCCUUCUACAAAUGAUUUAAAUGAGUGGACUAAUUGGACGAAAUACAUGAUAAGAUUACAAACGUUAAAAACAUCUGAUAAUACUAAUAAUAAUGGAAUUCCAGAUAUUUUGACAUCCUCAGAUAGUAAUACUAGUACAUCAUCUGCAAGAAGUAUGUUUGCUUCAAUGACUAGUCCUCCAAAUAGAACGGAUUAUAAUAAGCGAUGA